AGGAACUUGAGGUCGGAAGAAGGCGAGGUCGGGGCCCCGCCGACCUGCCUGCAUCCCGGGAGCUGGCUGGAGGCGACCCACCAGCGCCCUGUGAGUCCACGGAGAAGCCUGUCGGCGCCGGCUUGGGGGUGUCUUUGCCGUCCGCUUCCCGCCGCUGGCUCUCCACCCGGCUGAUCCCCCACCCCACGUCACCCCCGCGGGAGCCGCUGGCCUCGGGCCGCCGGAGGUCUCUGUCCCGAGCAGACGCCGGCCGGGGCAGGUGUCCCCAGGCGAUGGAGCAGAUGGGUGAAACUCGUCUGUCCGGGGGGCUGCGGAAAGCUCGCCAGCUGAAAGUCAGCCUGGAAUUCCCCUAGUACUGGGACGCCCACGUAUUUAAAUGAAGGGGGUGUGCGUGCGUCUAGCGAGACUUGGUGCCCAGGCUUUAGAAAAUUUACGUGUUUACCUGUGUGAGAAAAUCAUAGCCGAGAGACAUUUUGAUCAUCUACGUGCAAAAAAAAUACUCAGUAGAGAAGACACGGAGGAAAUUUCUUGCCGAACUUCAAGUAGAAAAAGAGCUGGAAAGUUGUUAGACUACUUACAGGAAAACCCUAAGGGACUGGACACUCUUGUAGAAUCCAUUCGCAGGGAGAAAACACAGAACUUCCUGAUUCAGAAGAUAACAGAUGAAGUGCUAAAGCUACGGAAUAUAAAACUGGAGCAUCUCAAAGGCCUGAAGUGCAGCAGCUGUGAGCCCUUUGCAGCUGGAGCCAACAACCUUUCCAGGUCCAACUCAGAUGAGAGCAACUUCUCUGAAAAACAGAGAGCGGCGUCCACUGUCAUGUACCAUCCCGAGGGGGAAUCCAGCACCACCCCCUUCUUCUCUACCGAGUCAUCUCUGAAUUUGCCAGUCCUGGAAGUUGGCAGAACUGAAAACAGCAGCUUCUCCUCAACCACCCUUCCUCGACCUGGGGACCCCGGGGCCCCCCCUUUGCCCCCAGAUCUGCGCUUGGAAGGAGGAUCUUGUGGAAACUCAAGUGAAAUCUUUCUCCCCUUACGAUCACGUGCUCUUUCACGCCAGUGACACAUCACUGCCUAGUCUUUUAAUAGUGAUGGAAAAGUUGUAAAUGAUAGGAUCUUUUUAUAAAAACCACUCACAGUUUAUAGAAAGUUCACUCAUAUCCGAUAUGUGUCUUUUAAAUCACAGUGUACACUCUCUGUAAAUAGGAUUUGUUAGAGUAAAAGAGCACACUCUAGGGGUAGCUGGGUGUAAAUCACGGGUGUACACUUUUCCAUAUUGUCUUUUUUUU